AUAAGUUUUUAACACUUCAAUAUGUUUUAAGCUUUGGCUCGUUAUGAUUACUCUAUUUAACAAAGAAUUGCAAACAUUGAACUAAGAAAACGAUACCAAAGCUAGUUAAGAUUACAAUAAUCAAUUUAUUUACACUAACAAUAAUAUAUCAUAACUACAAAAAAAAAAUAUAUAGAAAUGAGGAAAGGAUACAAAUUAUAUCUAUCUAUAAAGCUGUGAUAUUGGUCUCUUUCUUCAGGAUGUCAAUGACUUCAGCCCAACUCUACAACCAUUCAAUUCAAGUCUUACAGUGCUUGAAGAUGUCCCAGUAGGCAGAGUUUUGGUAACACUUUCUGCUACAGAUGCUGAUGGCACUGUAAGUUAACAUUGGAGGCAUAUCAUUUAUAGAGUCUUGCAAUUUUAUUGCUGUGCACCAUAAUUCUAUAUUGUUAUUUCACUUAUGCAAAUAGAAAACACCUUUAAAAGUCUUAAAUAAAUGUAUAAAUACAAACAUUUUUUUUCGUUUUUACCUUAAUUUUGAUAUAAAAAUCAUUGAUCUUUAAUAAUUUAUGAUUCGUGAAAGUAAAUGACAUUUUUGUGUAAAAAAUCUAGUUAUUUAUUAUUGUAUAUAUAGUAGUUAAGAGAAAAGUAUAUUAUAUAAAUCAGACCCAUUUGCUAUUAUGUAGAAAUUUCAUCAGAAAAUCUGAAAAAAUUAUCUUUGGCCCAUCUUUUGAGAACCCAUGUCCACAAAUUUCAUCAUUCUUCAAUUAUUACAAGAUUUUUAUUAGCGCUUGUUCUGUGAUCUGCUAAUUUGAAUAUUCCAUCAAUAGCGAUACUUUAGUUUAAUUGGUAACUUUACCAUCUCACUAUUUUAAGAGCCCUUGGAAAGACUUGUCAUUCACUAUCAUCAGUGACGCACCAUCUCAACAAUACUACCAAAUCAAUGAUUCUGGGCAGCUCACAUUAAGACGCACCCUUGUUUUAACUGACAUCUCCGAAUUUAAUGUAAGUUUAUGUCAUUAAUUUUUAUGAAUGCAACCCUUGAUCGCUUUCAUCUCUACUAAUUACAAUUUAAACAGAUAAAAAAUACGAAACUAAUUAGAUCUACUUUACAAAUAACAAACUCAGAGUUUAAAAAAAGAAAUUAUUAAAAAAUGUGUUAUAAUAGCACAGUAUUUCUUGAACUACAAAUUGGAUUUUAAAAUCCACAGUGAGUGAGCAGUAAAAUGUGGUGUUAAGAGCAAUAAGUAUUGAUGAGAUUUUCAUUGUUCAAUCCUCUCCUUGGGCAAAUUAAAAUUAUUUGACUUUAAGCAAUUUAUAAAUAUUUUUUUUUUAUUACUCAGCUACUUGUCAAAGUCUGUGAUGGUGGAAACUUGUGUGUCAAAGCAGAACUUAACAUCAUGAUACAGCGAAACACAAGUGCUAUCAAUACAACAUGUGACUUUGGUGUUUCGGAUGCCACAACUAUUGUAAGUUGGAAACAAUUGAUUAAUGUUAUAAUUUAUCGAGUCCUUUAAGGAUGCCAGGACAAAAUGCCCAACACAGAAGUUUUGGAACGUGUCAACUUUGCAGCAUGUAGUCAUAUGGUCCUAUUCAGAUAUUGCUAUUAAAUUAGUUUACACGUAUUUAAAUAGUAUAAUAGCAUAAACAUUCAGAAUAAAUUUGUGCUUCCAGGCAAAAAUAAAUGAAUACCUUGAUUGUUAAGUUAUUGAACAAAAAAAUAAAAUAAUAAUUUCUAAACAGCUGACUAAAAUAUUCCAAUUUACUUCUUGUCUAUUCAUUUCUAUUAUUGUACCACUUGAUUGUGACCGAAACUUUUUCUUCAGAUCCUCUGUUAAUUCUAAAGCUUAAAAAUAAAAGGCCUAACGCAACAACUACAAAACACUGCUUUACAAUUUCACCCACAUUCAUUUAGUUCAAGCUCUGUGUGUGUAUGUCUGAAGUACAUUCAUUAAAUCUUUUGAUUUUGAUCUUGUUCUCUCUCUUCUUUAGGGAACAGUCUUAGUUUUUCUUCCAGAUCCAGGGGUCAAAAACCUUAUUGAAGAAGAUAAGGAAACCAUGAAUGCAACUUCUUUCUGUGCUAUAAGGAAAAGUGUGUUAACUUUUUAUAUUUAUUUUUUUUUUUAACAUUGGACCUUACCUUUAUAAUAUGUACAUCUUUUUCCAUGUUUGUUUUUUAAUUCAAAACUUUAAAAAAGGGACAUGUAAAUGAAAUAUUUUAUAUAUGGUACUAUUCUAAUUUGAUUUAUGUUGAUAUUUUUUUUUAAAACUGAAUAUUUUUUUCAUGCAUUCAUGAUUUCAUUCAGAUUAAUUUUAAAAAAAUAUUUAUCUGUUAACAUUUAAUGAAAUUAUUGGAUUUUUUUUUAUUCCUAUUUUUAAAAACUCUUUUUAGCUGAACCUGCCGGUUUUGAAAGCUUUUUUAUUGCAAAGUUUAGUCCAAAAUGUGGUCAGUUGUCCAGGUGUAGCGUCUCCAAAAAGACUGACAUAAACUGGAGCAGUUACAACUUUACACACCUAGAGAUAGAUGUUGAGGUAAUCAUUCUUGUUUAUAACAACUAUUUUCACAGUAGAAAAAAGUAACGUAAUUCAAAAGAGAGUUCUAAUAUCUAAAAUAUAUUAAACUGGCAAAAAAAUUGUUUAUUUAUGUUGUAUUUUAUUACAUAAUAAUUUUAUAAUAAAAAAUAAUUUACUUUCCUUACAAAUUUAGCAUUUACAUUAAAAUUAACAUUUUGAGAAGUAAUUAAAGGAGUUCUACUUCAUCUGUAUCUGUAAGAUUAAUAUGUAAUCAUAAAUAAACCAACUUUAGUUUUAGAUUAUCCAGAGCAAAUUAACAAGAUUAUUUAUCAGAAUAUGGAAUUCUAUGUAGAUGGAUUUUAAAAAUAAAUGUUACAUUUUAUUUGCUUUACAGAUCAGCCGCCAUUCAGCAAAUGUUCAAAUAAACUUAGCAACUAUUAUAAAAUUGACCAAAGAUAGUUUACUUCCAAUAACAAGUAAGGUGCAUAUAUGAAGGGUCUUAAUAAACAUUUAUUUUUGAGUUCCAUUUGGGACCUUGUUUAGGUAUUUAAAGGGACAUUUUGUGAACGUUCAAAGUACGCUUUUUUAAAAGUUCUUUGUGAAAUCUUUUCUAAGAGUUCUUAUUGUGAUCUUUUGCUAAAGGCCCUAAUGGGAUUUUUUAGUUAAGUCAAAUAUUGAGACUUUUUUUUUGUUAAGUUACAUAUUAGGACUUUUUACAGAGUCAAUCUUAAAAGUAUACCUUUUUAAUUUGUUUUAUUCAAAUUAUUAACUAGAUUUAUUUAUUUAUGUGAUAUUUUAUACAACAUUCAAGUCGAGGCUCACUGCCUGAGCAAUAUUUUUUUUAAAGGUUUUAUAUAAUAUUGAUCGAAAGAGAAAGUUGAAGUUCAAAUAGUAACAAUGAAAUGAGAAUGACGCAACGUUAAUAGAUUCGUUUGACAGCUAUAAAUUUUAUUUGAAUGACGCAAGGAUCGUACUUUUCCAAGUUGUACAUGUCAGCUUUAUCAUGUGAGUAAAACAAAAGUAACUCUUUCAUUCGUAUAAUUUUUAAAGCCAGUUUUAAAAUUUGGAUUACAUUAAGUCAGAGAGUGGAUUAAAACAUUUAUUUCCAUAUUAUAUAUAUUAAUUCAGCGUAAAGUAAAUUAAAAUAAAUAGUAAAUACACUUGUCAAAUUUAAAAAAAAUAGGUUUGCUUGUCUUCUUAGAAUAACUUAUGAAUUUAAUACAAAACAAAUAAUUUAUUGAGCAGCUGCUAUUCAUAUCUCUUUCUUUUCUGCAGAAUUAUUUCUCACUCUGAACUUUCGCAGACUAAAAUGAUGAUAUGCUUAUUUGAAUUGAUCUUUCAACUUCUGACAUUUUAAACUUAUCUUGACAUGUUCAUGAAGCCUUUUUGAACACGUGUGUUUGUGAGUUGUAAAGAAAAAUUACAUUGAUUAAGAUUG